GUGUUAUUUAAAAUUUUUAUUUAAACUUACAGGUCUAUGAAAUGGUGUGCUAUAAUCAUUAAUGAUAAAUUGAAAAAUUUGACAGUACAAAUCUUAUAUGUGCGCUACAAAGUUUGUUCGGCUCAUUUUUGAUGAGAAUGCUUUUGCGUCCAGUCUGAAAAAAUAUUUGAAGCCUUCGGCUUUACAAGAAAAACCAGGAGUUUCCCCUCUGAAUAACAAGCUGGCAACAAAACUGAAGUGGAAGUUAAAAGAAGUUGGCAGCAGUAUAGAAGAAAUAACAUCUCAUACUGUUGAUGAUCUUGUUCAUCCUCACAGUGAGCCAGCUUCUUCUACCUCUUCAGUGAUGUGCCAGACCCCAAAGAGGCCUGUUGAUCAGAGAGUGAUUACUCCCAAAACAAGAAAAAUUAAAAGGCUUUCCAGCAAACUAUACUUGAAAAGAAAACUGGAAAACCAACCAAAGUGCUCUUCACUGGAUGUAAAAAGUAUUUUGAGUGUAAUACAGCCUCUAGUAACUCCCAGUAUUUAUCAUUUUAUAAAAUGCCAAUUGCUAUCUUGUAAUGUGUCUAAAUAUGGACGAAGGUGGUCUGUGAGUGAUAAAAAUCUUUGCUUACAGUUGUACCUUGCAAGUCCUAAAUCAUAUCGCCUAUUGAGAAAGUUUUUAAACUUGCCUAACAAAUCUACAUUGUUAAAAGCUGUCUCAGGUAUUAAAUUGGAACCAGGGUUUUUAACUGCUGUGCUCAACUCUAUGAUGCUCAUAGCCAGUAAGUUAAAACCCCGUGAAAGAAUAUGUAUUGUUUCUUUUGAUGAGAUGUCUUUGAAACCUGGACUUACCUAUGAAAAACACAAGGGUAAAUCACAGGUUUUGAAGACUAUGGUUCCUAUACAGAAAAAACUUCCAAACUUGCAACUCAACUCAUGUACUUGGUUUUAUGGUACGUGGUCUUUGCAAGAAGUAGAAACAGGUUGUUGGUUAUUUUUUUUUAACCCAAACAGCUCCAUCAGCCACUCUGAAAAUCUUACUUAAUGAUUCAUUAAGUAAGUUAUUUCAGUGUGGUUUGAUACCCGUUGCUGUUGUGUGUGAUCAGGGAGCCAACAACCAAAAGUUUUAUUUCAAAGAGUUAGGAGGUUACAGUUGAACGGCCAUUUUUUUUAGUAGAGGAGCACGAGAUUUUCACCUUUUUUGAUGUGCCCCAUCUACUAAAAAAUUUGUGCAAUAACCUUAAAAAAUCUAACGUCCGCUUCUGUGGAUUUAAGGUUGCCAAGUGAAGUCAUAUGGCCUCUUUAUGGGAUUUUAAUUCCGAACAGACCCUCAGAGUUACUUUUUUUUUCUUUCCUCCAAGCCCUGAGCAUGUACCUAGGUUAUGAAAACCCUUAACCAUAUAGCCCAGGACUUGGCCACUGGUCCAGCUCCACUUCAGCCUAAAUAACAUAAUAUUUAAAAAAAAAAUUACUGAAAGUGUGGAAUUUAAGAAGAAAUAAGACAAAAAAAAAUAUUUUACAUGUGAAAUGGGAAGUUAUUAAAAUAUUAACAGAUAGUCAUUAUCCGCUAAGGAGUUCAUUACUGUUAUUAAUCUUUUGUUUAAAGUAUUCUUUGUAAUAAAAGUUUUCUGCCAAAUUUCUAAAUUUGUUGGGCUAGGUUGACGACUAUGCCAGGAGACAGUGUAGGAACAACUAGUGAGAUAAUGUUCAUUAAUAAUAAUAAAACAUUGUAUAAGUUGAAUUGACAACAGUAACAUUCAAUUAUAUUGAAUGUAAAUCAUUAGAUGUUAUGAAAUCUAGUAUCAUCGUCCCUGGCAUCACUGUUGUCAUAUCCCCAGAAGUCAUGAUGAGCAUUAAAAUCCCCACAAAGUAGAGUAGGUGAAUUAUAAAAAAUUUUGUUGCUGUAAUAGAUUAAAUCCUUCAUUAAAUUUAUUUCGUUAUCACUUGGAGAGUUAUAAAAAGAGAUUAAAAAUAAUGGAGAAUUAUUUGAUGAAUUUAUCGAGAUCGAAACUGAAUUUUGUAGGAUAUCUAACUGUAGAGGAGUUAUUGUUUUAUUUGGUAUGAAUAUACCACUUUUACCAUCUGCCGACAGGAAAAGUUUCCAAAAGCUUGGGUAUCCUAUUAUUCUUCCUUUAGAAGAAUAUGGUUCUUGAAAACAAACUAUAUCGAUCCCGUGCUCAACAACCGUUUUUUGCAAUAAAAAGAUAGCUGCUUUGCACCUUUGAAGAUUAAUUUGUAGAAUGUUAAGUCCGUCAAAAUUUGUUGACAUAGUAUACUGUUUUAUAUUAUUAUUAAAUUGGUUAACCAUGA